CUGUUGUAAUUGGGUUCACAUGAGCUGCUGGCGGGACUUAUUUCAGUCAACAAGCGCGAGCCGCCUGAAGAAUAAACUCUGCUCCUUCCUCCCGAAGUGCACACUCAACCCCGACUCCGACCUCCUGCUCUCCCCCCUUCUCCAUCGGACUCCCCCGUGCUCUCUGGAUGUGUUCCCUCCCCUCUCGCUGAUGCUUUUACACUUUCCUGUGCUGUGUGCAGAAGAUCCCCAGCUGAAGCGUUAGGCUGACAUGGCUCCAGGGAAGGACAGCAAUGGUCUGGACAACUAAUACGCAUUUGCACUUGAAAGCCGCUUUUGUGAUCUACCUGACUCAAAACCUGAAGAAGAAAUGGACUCAUCCUCGCAGGGGGACAGCAACAAGCUGAUAUACUGCGUGACGGAUGUGCCUCCCUGGUACCUGUGCAUCAUCCUCGGCAUCCAGCACUGUCUGACGGCAUUCGGGGGAAUCAUCGCCAUCCCGUUGAUCCUGUCUCAGGGGUUGUGUCUGCAGUACGACGGCCUCACACAGAGCCACCUCAUCAGCACCAUCUUCUUCGUCUCUGGUGUUUGCACUCUGCUGCAAGUUACCUUCGGCAUCAGACUUCCCAUUCUCCAAGGUGGUACCUUCACAUUGCUGGCUCCUUCCAUGGCGAUGCUGUCCAUGCCAGAGUGGAAGUGUCCCGCUUGGACCCAAAAUGCCAGCCUUGUCGACACGUCCUCCACAGACUUCACCGAGGUGUGGCAGAGUCGGAUGAGAGCGCUGCAGGGGUCCAUUAUGGUGGGCUCACUCUUCCAGGUGUUCGUUGGGUUCUCCGGCCUCAUCGGCCUCUUCAUGCGCUUCAUUGGACCUCUCACCAUCGCUCCCACCAUCUCUCUCAUUGGACUGUCCCUGUUUGACUCAGCUGGAACCAAUGCUGGAAACCACUGGGGCAUCUCCAGCAUAACCACAGCACUGAUCAUCCUGUUCUCGCAGUACCUCCGUCACAUCCCUGUGCCCUUUCCGACGUUCAAGGAGAAAAAGCUGCACAUCUCCCGUGUCUACAUCUUUCAGAUUCUCCCUGUUCUGCUUGGAAUCACUUUGUCUUGGCUCGUUUGCUACAUGUUGACGAUCUACAACGUAUUUCCUACUGAUCCCGACCAGUAUGGCUACCUGGCCCGGACUGACCUGAAGGGAGAUGUUGUGAGCCAAGCUCCCUGGUUCAGGUUUCCGUACCCAGGUCAGUGGGGGAUGCCGACUGUGAGCCUGGCAGGGGUGGUUGGCAUCAUGGCUGGUGUGAUUUCCUCCAUGAUAGAGUCUGUAGGAGACUACCACGCUUGUGCCAGGCUGUCUGGAGCUCCGCCUCCCCCGAAACACGCCAUCAACAGGGGGAUUGGCAUCGAGGGACUGGGCUGCCUGCUGGCUGGAGCCUGCGGGACAGGAAACGGCACCACGUCGUACAGCGAGAAUGUCGGAGCCCUCGGUAUAACCAAGGUUGGCAGUCGCAUGGUGAUUGUGGCCAGCGGGGUCUUGAUGGUUGCCAUGGGUGUGUUUGGUAAAGUUGGGGCCAUAUUCACCACCAUCCCAUCCCCCGUGGUUGGAGGGAUGUUCUUGGUUAUGUUUGGCAUCAUCUCUGCAGCAGGAGUUUCUAACCUCCAGUAUGCUGAUAUGAAUUCUUCUCGAAACAUCUUCAUUUUUGGCUUCUCCAUGUUCUCCGGUCUGGUCAUUCCGAACUGGAUAUUUAAGAACCCCAGAGCUAUUGUUACAGGUGUCAUUGAGCUCGACCAUGUGCUGCAGGUACUUCUGACAACCAGCAUGUUUGUCGGAGGUUUCUUUGGUUUCAUACUGGACAAUACAAUUCCAGGAUCGAAGCACGAACGAGGCAUCCUGGCGUGGAACAAAGCUCACGAGGACGACUCCAGCAACACACUGGAGAGCGGAGAGGUCUACAACCUUCCCUUUGGCAUCAGCUCUUACUUGUCUUCUUCCUCCUGGCUCCGGUACUUGCCUUUCUGCCCACCUGGGGAGCCCCGCCCCCUGGACUCUAAUGGCCUGGAGUCGAACCAGCAACUUGGACAUCCAGGGCCUUCACAGAUCAUAACUGGAGUUGCUCUGUGAGUUGUUUACUCACUUCAGCAAAGACAUACAGCAGCGGCAGCUCAGUGUGGACUCCUUUUCAUUUGUUAAGCACACUGUACUGUCCCGACACCGUGUGACCUAUUGGAGAGACAUUCCUCACACGACUGAUUCAUAUAUCGCUUUCCUUUAGGGAGGUCCGUAAACACCGGAUUAUUAUGAAUUAUUAUAAACCAUAAUAGAUGAAUAUGGUAUAUUUUUUUAUACAUAUUCAUCAAGGAUACCACUUGAGGAAAACUACUUAUUUAGUUUGCUUGAUGGUUUUUUAGAUGUAUUUGGUCUCAUCAGUUUUAAAAUGUGAUCACAACCAGUUGUUAGUGACAAAAAGACUGAAAAGACAUUUGAAUGUAAGUAGAUCUAUUAUGUUUCAUGUUUUGUUGUUGUUGUUGCAUUCAGCAUAUAAAUCUGACAGAGUUACAUGUC